UAAUGGAGAAGAAGAAGAAAAUGUGUAUAGAAUGAAUAUUUGUUAUAUGAGUUACAAGCCUCCUAUAAGGAGUAUAUAUAGGGAAAAUCCGGGUCUGGGCCUCUAAUAUGGGCCUGACAGACCCGGUUACAUAAAUGGACUGAUAGUAUAAAAAGCUAAUCUAGAACAUCUGAAUAAUAAUAAUAAUGUACAAUAAUAUUAAUGAUAUCUGCUAAACGUGUGUGGGCCGCUAUCCAUGCCUAGUAGUUGGCAUACCGGGGGGUCGGAGUCCAUAUAAUCCAUCAGGAGUCCCCCACUCCCUGAGUCGAGAGUACUCGAGGCGAAAGGGAGUAGACCAAACUGUAUCUGCAACGUUCUUCCUCUUCGGCCGGGGGACCACCACCCUUGUCAAUGAUGGGGAGGUGCCUCGUUAAAAACCUUUACUAGGAAAAAACCCAGCGGGAAAAAAUCCUAAUAAAGGGAAAAAGAGUACACCUAGCGCCCCUAACAUAAAACAAGGAAGGUAGGCCCCCUCCGGCAUAAUCAAUCUAGCUCAGCUCCUCUUCAACUGACUCAGCUCUCGUUCCUGCUCUUGCGUGAUAUUUUCUGCUCAUCUAGAAACUCUGACCCCUCAGUCCCCCAGUCCCCACUCUUUGAGGCGAAUGGAGACGAGGUGAAAAUGAGUAAAGUCAUCUUCGUACCUACACAUUUAUCAUACAUAUAAAAAAAAUUCUUGGGAUUUAUGUUCCCGAUCGGGAGUUCGUCACUUGAAACAAGUGGAGAUGUGAAUUGUUAAUGUAAUGAUAAAAUACUUAGUAGAAUGGAUGUGUGAGCCAUUCGUAAGCAACGGUCGCCACUCGAGGAAUGACUAAGACCGGUCUUCGUACCCGACUUGGUCGGGGUUUUGUCUUCAUGCCCGACUUGGUCGGGGCUUUGUGCCUGAGGAGACAGGGCUUUGUGCCUGAGGAGCCAGGGCUUUAAAUCCUAGUGAUGGGUCUCAAGCCACACUCUACUAGGUAUUUGAUCAUAAGUGCGUGAUAGUGUGAUGCUCGCCCGACAAAAAAUUAAUUUAAAUAAAAAUAAAUAAUAUGAAAAUUAAAGAGUACUUAUCUUUUUGAAGUGGGCUGAAAUAUUGGACUGCUUGGGCUAAAAUAUUGGGCUGAUGUUGAAAUUGGGCUGAUGUUGAAAUUGGGCCUGUUGAAAAGCUUAGUCGGAUAACAUGUAGUGUGACCCACUGCUAUCAAUUUUGAAAUUGAUUUGAUUCCCUUUUUGCAAUUUUGACUUGGUCAAAAUUUCCCACAUCCUUGCAAGAGCCAAAGAUCCCAAUUAUUCUGCCAAAAAAAUACGCUGCCCUCGGUUUAAGCUUGAAAGGAAACUGGCCUUUCAUUUUUUUGCUUCAAUCUUGCCGACGUGGUCAGCUUGAGACCAAAGCACUUCUGCGGAUAUCUUUUGGAAAAGGCAGAUGAAGACCCUUUCUACCAACCCAGAUGCAGUCCGCACAUGCCGGUCAAUUCCUGCCGAUGGAAAUUGUGGUCGCGACAGGGCAAGGACGGUCUGGGGAUGCGCUCCACCUUUGCUGCCGCCGGAAAUGGAGGCGAGAGAGGCAGAUGGUGGCCGUCGGUCAGAAGGAAGUGGCCUCCGACCCCUUCCAUCAUCAAGCACUGCCGGUCCUCGUGCUCAAAUGUCGCCUGCUCGGACCGUUGUGCGCUUGGUAAUAUCUUUGGUCGUCGUCGUCGGAGAGUGGAAGAGGGCUCGCCGGAACAGAAGCUGCUUCGUGCCACGUUGACCUGCCUCCGGCGAGAUUUGGACUGGAGGCUUUGCACCGGGAGCUCGUUGUGGCCAUUAAUGGAAGAUGUUUGAGGCUGAGCUCCAGCAACCGAGGUGACCAUGAAGAUGCCAGUCCUGGACCUGGCUCCAACCUUCGAUCUGCGAUGGCGACCGGAGACGCGGCGGAGCAGCGAGGAGCUGGGCGGCGCUGGGACUGAGGUGGAGGAAUGGGCGGAGAACGAGGAUGCCGCGUUUCGCUGGGUUUCGAGGUGCUCUAGCCAAUUGCAAGGUGAAGAAGAGAGAUGCUAUAACCUCAGGCUGUUUCAACUGGCAGAUUCAUUAGGCAUCACGCGCCGGCGGGGUCAAGGAGCGGACAGCCAGGGGAGGGACGACCAUUCGUUCACCAGUCUGGGUCGGAUCUGGAACUCCUGUUGACUGCGAGCUGCAACAAUUGAUCGAUCAGUUCGGAUCUAACCGGGAUUGUUCCAGAUCCGAGAGAUUUCAGAUUUUUCACGGGUCAUGGUCGGAUCUGGUCACUUUGAGCUGCUCUGGUUGACCAGCCAGCUCCGAUCUAGCAGGAACUGCUCCAGAUCUGGACAGUUCCAGAUUAGUUUUUUUGUGAGUGGGAAGAAUUUUUGGUAAUUCGGGAGGGUUUCUCACUUGAUUGUGUUCAACCUCUCAACGAGAGCACCAUAGUUGGAUAAUUGAUACCCAUAUUGUAUAAACAGGAGAAAUUGAACAAGAAUCAAAAGGAGUAAUGGAGAAGAAGAAGAAAAUGUGUAUAGAAUGAA